AUGAAAGGUGAUUCCGGAUAUCCCUUGGAGCCAUUGCUCCUCACACCGAUCCUUAAUGCUGAAGAAAACACACCUCAAAGUCGAUAUACCAAUACCCAUAUAAGGUCAAGGAACAAUAUUGAGAGGUGUUUCGGCGUUCUUAAGUCAAGGUUUCGAUGCUUACUAAGAAAAAUGGAGUAUGAACCAACAAAAGUAGGCUGCAUUGUAAAUGCAUGUGCAGUUUUACACAAUGUGUGCAUAACAGCAGGACUUAGUAUUCCCGACAUAGUUGAUGAAGAAGCUUUAGCACCAGACGCGAGUACAGCAGAUCAUUAUAGAGAGAUACAAAUAUGA